AUUUGAUAUUGCAAAUGCGAAAGCCAUGAUAGGAGAAAAUGUUAAACAAGUACGGAACAAUGAAUAUCCUUAUAUCGUGUCUAUCGUAAAAAUUUCUACUGUCCCCACUGAAUCAAUUGUUCAUAUAUGCACUGGAACACUAAUAGCAAAACGAGAUGUUAUAACAAUUGGACAUUGUUUAAUAAAUCAACAUAUAUGGAGUAUUCGAGUAAUGGUUGGAUCUAUUCAUUUAGAUGCUGGUUUAAAGUUCUAUCCGUUGUGGUGGAAAAUGUAUAAUGAGUGGGCUGAGAAGAACAAUUUUUCUCAUAAAAAUUUAAUCGAUGAUAUUGCUGUGAUGAGAUUAUCUGAAAAAAUUCCUGCUAAUAUCAAACCAGUUGGCCUUUUGACUCUAUCGAAAUCAAAUUUAUUUGGAUUAAACGUGACGACUGCGGGUUGGGGUUUAUCAAACACUGGUUCACUUAAUAAUGUCAUGGAGAAAGUGACUCUAAAAAUUUUGACAGAUAAUGAGGUGAAUGAUCGAGUACUCGAUGUAUUAGGGCACGAACUUUUUGUGGAUCCAGAAAUUAUUUGCAGUGCUUCUGAACCGUUUGCAUUAUUGCAGUUUGGUGACAGUGGUGGUCCUUUGUUAUACAAUGAUAUGAUUAUUGGUGUUAAUAUCGGAACGGCUCCAUUACCAACUCAACCUACACAUCCAAAAAAAAUAAAUAUUCAUUUUAAUAUUAAUCAUUAUAGGAUAUUUAUUUUACAUGUGAUGAAUACGCGUAAUAAUUAAUAUUUAAUUAAAAGUGAUUUAGAACUUAUUAAGUCAUUAUAUAUUCGCGGUUAUCUUAUAUUUUGC